CCCUUCUGGCUUGGUCUCCGCCUCUGCCCCGUCUUCCUUUAGGCCUGUCGGUGCGCCUGCAUAAUAUUGUGCGCUACUACCUCAGCAAUCACUGUAGAGCUCGGGACUCCACACCAGCUGAUAAUCGGCGCUGGCUGCGUGGGACGGAUAAGCCCUUCGACUCAUGGCAACUUCCUUCGCGGCGUACGCAUCCCAAUUCCUCAACAGGCAGAACCCCGGGUCGAGCAUUGAAUCAUCCCAGCCGCUCUUCUACUCGUUCUCUACUGAAGCUGGCUCCCGCACCGGGCACAGUGCUGACGCAGACCUUGACGACCUCGACGACCCGCAUUUACGAGCAAGCGACAUGAGUCAUGCCUCGACAACUCGCGGAUAUGGGAUGGAUUACGCGGACGACGACGAUCCCUAUCUUCGCUUAGACGAAGAGGAGCAACAGCCGUCCGAGCCAUUGCUGGCUUCUGGAACGGGAGGCUGGUUGGCUCACCACACGAUGAUGCGUUCGCCAUCUCCGGACCCAUCCUCUAUCGAAUCACGCAGUCCGAGCCCUAGUCCACCUAUGCACCCGACAUCUAAUCCCCCGCUCCAAGCACCCCCACCUACUCUGACCCACAUCUCCCUGACCGAGUCUUUACUCCCCCGGGAUGGAGCGCAUAUAUUCUCUCUCCCGGAUCCCCGGCAUCUACCUCGCGGUCGGCGCAAAUACCACGACUCCAUAUGGACAUCGGUAUGGUGCGCUGCAUUGGGGCUCAUCGCCUUCUUCGCCUUGCUUGUACUUCUCCUCACACAUCAACCAAAGAGGAAGCCUGUGUCAUUACCAUAUACAACGCUCCUGCACACCGUUCCGCUGCUCACGAUCCUGACGUUCCUCAGCGCGGGCGCGGCGUACGCACAUGUAUUCCUCCUGCGACUGUUCGUGCGCCCUGUGAUGAUUGCUACGAGUGUCUUCAUACCCGCAACACUCUUCAUUUCAGCUCUUUGGGCUUUCAUCGGCAGCUUCAUGUGGGAUGCGAACACGGAGCCGACGUGGGGAGAAACGGUUGGAUUACGCCUGUUCGCACUCGUCCCCCUCAUACUAUCCCUUCUCACUGCACGACGCCUGCUUGAUUUGCCACGGGAUAUCCACACGGCCUCGGCGCUCUUGACGCUUACCACCAAGAUCCUCAUUCAGAACCCCCUACUGCUCGCGCUCAGCCCAACAAUCCUACUUGCGGCCUUGCUCGCAUCAUUGCCGUUCCUCACUCUGGUCUUUCGUCUACUGCUUAUCGGAUAUACCACGCCGCUGCAUGGGAAUGAAGGCGCCUUCGAGUGGCAUGUGAGGGGUUGGGCGAACUGGGCAAUCGCGGGUACGGUCGGGGUGUGGUUGUGGAGCUGGGCCGUAGCGCGGGGUGUGCUGAGGGUGACGGCUGCGGGUGUCAUUGGGUCAUGGUAUUAUAUGGAUUAUGAUGCUCCGCCGCCUCAACCUACUUCAACCCAUACCAUACACGCCGCGCUCACUCGCGCGACGCAGCCUUCUCUCGGAACUAUCGUGCUCUCGUCGCUUAUACUCACGUCCAUCCGCAUGCUCAGUCUCUCAACGGCCCUCUUCCGGGCGCUACCGUCCUAUCUACCUUUGGUAAUGCGACCAUACGCACAGCCCAUCUGCGUAGCACUGGCGCUUGCAAUUACCAAGCUGGAGGUCAAGCUCCGCACAAGUACUUUAAGCACACAUGCGCUGAUAUACGUUGGCCUGACGGGAGAUCCGUUCUGGAACGCUGCCAGGAAGGCGCGCGAAGUGACAGCCAGGGUAGAAGGCCAAAGUGAGGGCAAGUACAAGCGCAAGUUUAAGACCGAACCUCCUUUGACUUUGUUGACCGUUGCCCCGCUGACCCUCACGUUCCCCUUCUCGCUGGCAACGUACCUCUUCGUUGCCCAUACGCUCAACGCUCCGGAGCAAGCACUCGGUGCCUCUGUGCUUGCAGGGGGUGUCACUGCUAUCGUUGGCUUGUUUUGCAUUGGCCUCAUCAAAGAUACUUCCGACACACUUUACCUUUGCUAUUGCCUUGACAAGGACUCUGGAGGGCGACGCCGCGACGAGGUGUUUGACGCCUUCGAAUACGAAACCCGUCAACCGACACCCCGUGCGCAUCAGCCACAAACUCCAGCACAGACCCUUUCGCGACAGCCUCAUGAAUCCAUUCCCCAUCGUACAGCGGCGCCAUUGCAGCCUGCCCCACCAUCGCCUCCACGUCAUGCGUAUCCGGACUAUGAUGAGGAGUCUGAGAUCGGAAACUAUCCUGAUCUCCAUGCCACCAGCUCGACAUCGCAUCGCAGCCUGGACAAAUCCAUGGGGCCGAGUUUCCGGCAGAACAUGUUAGCGUCGUCGCCGGCGCAUGGUGCUGGUGCCGCAUCUGAGCACAGCGAAGGCGAGGGUUUCGGAGGGGACUCUCAGCUGUUCCCCGGAUCGGACUUAUUCUGAAGGAGACAGCGAAGCCAGCCAACGUAACGAUCUUCGUCGUUUUAGGGCGCAUUCACUUUCCGCGCAUACAUUAGUGAUUCUGGAAAUUAGUAGACGUUCUUG